CAGAGGGAGACGGAGGCUCAGAGACAGAGGGAGACGGAGGCUCAGAGACAGAGGGAGACGGAGGCUCAGAGACAGAGGGAGACGGAGGCUCAGAGACAGAGGGAGACGGAGGAGGCGGAGAAGCAGCGACAGAGACGGCAUGCGGCGGAGCAGCGGCUGAGGCAGCGGGAAGAGCUGCAGAAGCGACUGGAUCAGAAGCAGCAGCAGCAGCAGCAGGAGCAGAAGAAUGAGGGGCGACUGGAGGCCUCGAGCAGCAAGCAGCAGAAGGAGAACGACGGCCGGGCGCUCAACACGAACCUCCUCAACGGCACCAUGAUCCUGAACUCAACCCCGCCAGGCACCGCCGCCGCCAGGACCCCCAGGACAACGAUGAUGACGACGAUGAAGCAGCAGCCGCGAGCCAAAUCCUUGGAGACCUACGGCAUGGACCAGAACAGCGACGACUCCACAGACGACGAGUCGAAGCCACGCAAGCCCAUCCCCUCCUGGGCACGAGAGGCCCAGCUGAUGGAGGCCCUGAGGGGGCAGUACAGGGCACCGCCCGACCUCGACGUCCUCUUCGGCGCCAUCCCCGCCCCCAUGCUGGAGGAGAUCUUCAACCAGCGCAAGACGCACUACUUGAAGCGCACCAGCUCCGCUGUCUGGCACAGCCCCCCGCUGGCCGCCGGUGACGCCGCCGGCAUCACCGGCGGCGUCUCCUCGUCCUCCAAAUUCGCCCCGGCGUUCAAUGCGACGACCGCACAGGGCUACGGCGGCCGUCUCGCCAACGUCUUUGGCAAGAAGCACUAGGGGGGGGGGGGGGGGUGGAGGGUGAGGGGGGGGGGAAGGUGCCCGUGGCCGGGCCCAUAAUGGCCGUUUUCGUAGAGGAGGAGCAGACUGGGUUUGGGAGUCAACGCGUGGCAGUGGUGGCGGUGGUGGUGGCGGUGGUGAGGAGGAGGAGACUGGGUUUGGGAGUCCACGCGUGGCGGUGGUGGCGGUGGUGGCGGCGGUGGUGGCAGUAGUGAGGAGGAGACUGGGUUUGGGAGUCCACGUGUGGUGGUGGUGGUGGCAGUAGUGAGGAGGAGGAGACCGGGUUUGGGAGUCCACGUGUGGUGGUGGUAGUGAGGAGGAGGAGGAGGAGGAGACUGGGUUUGGGAGUCCACGUGUGGUGGUGGAGGCGGUAGUGAGGAGGAGACCGGGUUUGGGAGUCCACGUGUGGUGGUAGUGAGGAGGAGGAGACCGGGUUUGGGAGUCCACGUGUGGUGGUGGUGGCGGUAGUGAGGAGGAGGAGGAGACCGGUUUUGGGAGUCCAUGCGUGGUGGUGGUGUUGGUGGUGGUGUUGGCAGUAGCGAGGAGGAGGAGGCCGGGUUCGGGCGUCCGCUCGCCGCCGGAGGAUCUCGCUGGGGUUCGUCGUCACGGCCGUGUUCCGUGCGCGGGCUUCAGGUUGACGGCCGCUGCGCUUGCGAGGCGCUGGAUCACGGCGACGUUGCAAGGGGCCUCGGUUGAAGGGCUCCUGGCCUGUUGUUUGCUGAACGACGGCUUUCCGUGCACGCGCGCGCGUCACCCCGUCAACCGCCACUUGAGUUGGAGCCCAGGGACUGGGUCACGACUUUCUGUCUUGCUGUCGGUGAGGUUGGGGGGGUGUUGAUGAUAGUCGCUGUGUUGUGAGGCAUUGGACCGGAACUGCUUAUUGACUGGGUUCGAGCCCUGGGUCUGUGUUUGUAAGUUUACACGAUGGCUGAGAGCCUAGGUUCGAGCCCUGGGUCUGUGUUUGUAAGAGUUCACGAUGGCUGUGUGACAUAGAGCCAGUACUGUUGCCUAGAGUCUAGGUUCGAGCCCUGGGUCUGUGUAAGAGUUCACGAUGGCUGUGUCACACAGAGCUUGCACUGUCGCCGAGAGCCUAGGUUCGAGCCCUGGGUCUGUGUUUGUAAGAGUUCACGAUGGCUGUGUGACACAGAGCCAGCACUGUUGCUGAGAGCCUAGGUUCGAGCCCUGGGUCUGUGUAAGAGUUCACGAUGGCUGUGUGACACAGCCAGCACUGUCGCUGAGAGCCUAGGUUCGAGCCCUGGGUCUGUGUUUGUAAGAGUUCACGAUGGCUGUGUGACAUAGAGCCAGUACUGUUGCCUAGAGUCUAGGUUCGAGCCCUGGGUCUGUGUUUGUAAGAGUUCACGAUGGCUGUGACACAGAGCCAGCACUGUUGCUGAGAGCCUAGGUUCGAGCCCUGGGUCUGUGUAAGAGUUCACGAUGGCUGUGUGACACAGCCAGCACUGUUGCUGAGAGCCUAGGUUCGAGCCCUGGGUCUGUGUUUGUAAGAGUUCACGAUGGCUGUAUCACACAGAGCCAGCACUGUUGCCUAGAGCCUAGGUUCGAGCUCUGGGUCUGUGUUUGUAAGAGUUCACGAUGGCUGUGUGACACAGAGCCCACCACUGUUGCCUAGAGCCUGGGUUUCAAGCCCUGGGUCUGGGUGUCCACUGAAUCACUCCAGCGUUGUAACAAAAAUGUCUUUGGCACCGUUGCGGCCUCGGCCAUGAACCCAUCGGAAGUUUGCCGUCACCGGGCACCCACCUGGAUUUCGAGCCCUGAUCCCCUGCCGCCUUGGGGAGGCGGCGCGAUUUUCGCGGCGAUUAGUGCAGCGGUUAGCGUGCCACGAACCCACCGACGAGCCGAGUUUGAUUCCCUGCUCGUGGGACAACCAACCCAACGCAACCGACGGUCAUCCGAACAACAGGUCCAGUGGGGCCCUCCCCUAGGUCGUCUCGGCUUCAAAGGAGGUACCGGGUGCUGCGGCGUGCAGCAAACACUGCUCCGCCGGAUUUAUCAGAUGGUGCUGCUCGCCACGAAACACCACUUUCCCCCAACAGCCUGGGGCGGGGCGGGGGGGGGGGAAACCUCUUUUGCCUUUGUGGUGAACAUCGCCGCUCGGAGUCGGAGCCUCGGUUUCCGCCGCCUUGGGGAGGCAGCGCGGUUAGCGCAGCGGCGGUGGUUGGCGCGCCACGAACACACCGGGCGAAGACUCCCGCCCGCCCGCCACUUUGCGUACACCCCCCCCCCCACACACUUUGACGCCCCGCACGCCCGAGAACAUUUUACGGUGAUCGGCAACCGAAGGUCACGGCGGUGUGAAACCGCAAUGGAGGAGAGCCCGUUUUUUGUUGUUUUGAAUUGCGUCAAAAAAAAGAACCAACUCGGCGUGGCAAACGGGGCGGGCGGGCGGGCACGGCGAGGGCACGGCGAGGGCACGGCGAGGGCACGGCGAGGGCACGGCGAGGGCACGGCGAGGGCACGAGGGGGCGACAGCGGCCUCUGAAUUCGACGACGCGCGCGGCUCCGGAUACCCGCGGGUUUUUCUUUUUUUUUCCUUUUCCAGCGACGGAUUUUUUUUCAUUUUAUAACUUAAAAAAAAUGUCUUUCUCCGAGGUCACAGCUUCUCCCCCUCCUCCAGACGGCAGCCGACCCGCGGGUAACGAGGGCCCCCCCCUCCCCCCGGGAUCCGCGUGCCGACCCGCCAACCUUUGCCACCGUCGCGGCACACCGCCGGGUUAACGCGCCGGUGCCCGCACCGCCGCCAAGCGUGACCCACCGGGCUCUCGGUGGUCAAGCGUCUGUCCUGCGACGUGGCCGUGAAUAGCCGGCGGUGGGCGGAGUGGCGCCCGCUCGCGGCGUUCCACCCCCCCCCCACCCCACCCAGUCGCUCGCCCUUUGCCGGGUGUUUCCGUCCCCGUCGUUGCGUCCGCAAGCCUCUGCGCCGUCGUCCCAUUUGUAAAUGUUUAUUUCGUUUUUUUUCUUCAUUUUUACCGCCUCGAAUGGUCUUGUCUGUUGUUACGGACGCACCCCUUGCGUGUUUGUUAUUGCGACAGCCUUUUUAGAGAGCGCGCGUGUGUCUCUUUACAUAGUCUAUGAAUAAAAGUUAUUCGAUUUGA